AUGCAAUACAGGUCGCUCGUUGCAGAGAGUCGAGACCAGCGACGGCGAAAGCGGGAAGACGACGUCGCCGUUGUGCACGACGAUUAUGGGGUCAUCCGAUCUGUGCGUCCGGACAAUGGAUUCCAGGGCGGCCCAAAGGUCGGCGACAUCCUGUUGGAGACGUCGUACGCGCAGAACCGCACGAACACAUUUGCCCCACCAUUCGUUUGGACUUGGGAGGCCGCCAAGAAGAAGUCGCGCGACGAGAUCCUCGAGCUGCUCGCGAAAACCGCGACGACGUUGAUGGAGAUCGCAGAGCCUGAGUGCGUUUGCUGCAAGGAGGGGCCGGUGAAGCGUAGCGAAGGGGCCCUCCGACUUUGCUUGGAUUGCGACAGGACCGUGUUUGGCUGGACGGGACAGAGGAACAGAUGCGACGUGAGGCAGCCGUAUCAUCACCUGAACAAGACAAACCCAUAUGCUCGUUUGAUCGGUCGGUGCGCCGAAUGCAAAGUCGUCCGGGCGGCUUUUUACGGCUACAAACCGAGGAACGAGGCGGUCCGCAAGAUCCUGGGCAUCACCGACGCCCCGAAGGACGACACUGGAACCGCCCGGGAGCUGCCGGACGCGUCGGCCGCUGGUGCGCAGCGCAAAAAGAAG